ACUCCUCAGGCUCCGGGUCUGGCUCCUUCUUUUCAUUCCCUCCGUUGCCAUUCUUUUGGCUCUCACCUCAUUCAUGCCAUCAACCUUCACUUCCACUUCGACAUCUUCGUCGUCUUCCGUAACUCUCUCUGCCAGCCCUAGGUGACUCGCUUGGCUGACCACGCCUCCAUUGCAUCCUCACCCAUCAGCUUCAACUACUAUUGCAGAACAACAGUCCAGUAUCCCAAUGGCCUCUUGGACCUUGCCCUAUCGGGUUGAAGCUGUCGACCGCGACCCAGGCUUCUACUGGCAGGAUAUCGACAAUGGACCUAACGAUGGAUCAAACGACUUCUUUGGUCAGUUUCUCAACUUUGAUGGUGAAAUCCCAUCUUCUAUGGCCGAUCCACACGGUCACAACCCAUCAAUGCCGGCCCUAGCCAAUGGACUUAUCCUCGACCAUCCUACCGAGUCCACUGCAUCUGCCUCGUCAGGCGUUUCAACAACUGAAGAUGAGUUCGAUUUCUUCUCCUGCAGUUCUCAGGUCGACGCGACAAUCCCCUCUCAGCCAGCCUCAUCAGCUGUCGCAAGUGCAUCGCAUGAGGUCGAUCCUCGAAGCCUCGGACUUGCGAGUGCCGUUGGACUGACGGACGAGAAGCCUCCCCUGGUGCCUCGAGUUUCCAUGUCAGACCCAGAACUGCCCCGGGUUGAUGGCAUUUCAUUACACUCUUCACCUGGAAAGCGGGUGCCUAUUUCACAACCAUCAUCGCCAACUCCACCCAACACAAUGGCCAGGAAACCCAACAAAUUCGUUGAGGCACUCUCAUCCACGAUUCGUAAAGCCAGUAAACUUCGCAAACCCAAGAAGCUCGUUGCCAUGGACCGCCCAGGCUCUCCGACCAUGGACAAUCCUCCUCGGGCCUUGCGACUGCAGCAUCACGAAUAUGGCAACGGUAAUGACGCAUUCCCCCCAUCACCGACAUGCGGGCCGGAUAGCACCAACUUUGUUCAUGGGUUUUGUGACGAUCCCUUUAGUGAAAUUCCUCAGCCGCCUCCGAACAACUCUCUCCGCUUUUUCAGCACCAACGGAAUCCACACACCAGCAGAAUCCCCAGGAGUCAAGACUGAACCUGGCCUUUACCAUCCCGACAUGGCAGGGCAAGUUCCUCAGUCAUCUUGGCAGCAUCAACAACACCCGCACUCACACCCUCAUCCACACCAACAUCCCCAUCCCCAUCCACAUCCACAUCCACAUCCACAUCCACAUCCACAGGCCCAUGUUCAUCCUCACCCACACCAGCAACCUGUUACUGUUGUGGGUACUGCACCCGAGACAUGGCCGGGGCAAGAGUAUAUGGCUCAAAAUCCUCAUCAAAGCGGGUGGUGGGAUCUAAAUCUUUUAAACCAGAAUGGCGAAUAUGUUGUAGCCGAUCCGCAACAGCAGAAAAACGCCAGCCUCAACCUUGCCAUGCAUGCCCAGCAUGCGGAGUUGCCGUACGAGUAUCAAGUUCACGAUCCCAAUUCGGCUGGCCUCAUGAUCCAUAUGCCACAACCACGAAACGCCUCGGCUCCCAGUCACGACCUUUCGUUGAACACCCAGACUUACCUCCCUCCACCGCCUAUCCCUCCAACAUCAGAACGCCAUCGUCCGCCACGAGCCCCGUCUUCUGGAGCACGACACUUGUCAUGCUCUCCAAUUCGUAAGACACGCCAGCCGUCCAUUCCACCCACACCCGCCACAGCACACUCGCGCCACAGCUCCAAUGGGUCCGUCGCAUCAGCUCGCAGCGCCUCGGGUCGAGGUAUAGUACCGGGGACUCCCACGGCAAUGCGCAAGCAACGACGAUCUCGAGAUGCAAGCGGCAGCAGUGGAGGCGGCAGCGAGAUCGGGUUCGUCAAUUUUACUCCCAGCGACGGCGGUCUCCUAAUGACAGGUGUUGCGCCGAGCGGCAGUUCGAAGACCAAGGCGCGAAGAGAGCGUGAGGCGAUGGAACGGAGGCGACGAUUGAGCGAGGCGGCCAUGAAAGCGGUGCAAGCAGCAGGUGGUGAUGUCGACAAGCUGAUGGAACAGGGUUUUGCAUUUUAACCCCUCAAAUUCAAUCCAAAUCGGGUCUAUUUGAUUUUCGGUUCCUGGUUCCUGCAUGAGACCACGUAUGUGGCUGUCGGGACUUGCCGCAGCGUUUUUCACAUGCGACUUCACAUUUUAUGUCAUCAAUAAAGAUUUGAUGAUGCAGAGGUGAAAGAAAGGUGAGGGGAAGAAUAUGAGUUGACAUGGGAGGACUAAGAAAUCAAGUGGCAGGUGUUGGUGUUGGUGUUGGUGCUGGCGGUGAGACAAUCCCAAUUUGCAUCGGAGCUAAAGGAAG